ACAGAAUGCUAGGGUUUUAGAGAGGACGUUCUUCUCCAAGUUCCUGCAGCAAAGCUCACAGAAGUCAUGGGCAAAAAGGGAUUGUCGAAAAAAUCUGCAAGAGUGCCCAAGAGCUCUGCUGUGGAGCAGGAGAAAGCCUCUUCAUCUACACCCAAAGAGGCUGGUAGUGAUUCUUUGUCUGGACCCAAAAAAGCUGCUAAUGACUCUUCGCCUACACCCAAAAAAGCUGGUAAUGAGGUUGACAAAAUCUUUGCCGUCAAGAAGAGGAAGAACCGGGAACAGGAAAAGGCCGAGAAGCCGGCAGAAGAUGCGUCUGCAAAAGGUAAGAAAUUGAAGAGAAAGAAAAAUAAGAAAAAAGAUCCCAUAGAAAGCAAUGGGUUUGUGGGUGAGACAACUCAGCCAAUGAAGAGAACUGGGGAUGGGCUAUCUCUAUAUACAGAAGAGGAGUUGGGGAUUGGGAAUGCAAAUGCUGGAGAUAUGGAGCAUCAGCUGGCUCGUGACUUGGUCCACGCUGGACCUAUUGAUCUGUCAGUUUUGUACUUACAAGCAGAGCAUCGGUCUACUACUAUAUGGGAUGGACAGGACCUUCCACCGUUGCAGUGUCGUCGAUCUGAGGCUACGUUACGCCGCUUACACGCUCCUGAUGACAGGGUUUUACGUCGUGUAUUGAGGGCUGGAUUUUAUGGCAUUCAUCGGAUUGGUUUUAUUCGUCUUGAUUGGCACUUGGUGACUGCACUUAUUGAGAGAUGGAGAGUUGAGACUCAUACGUUUCACCUUCCCGUUGGCGAGGCCACUAUCACGUUACAGGACAUUGCUGUACUAUUGGGGCUUCCCAUUGACGGUGCGCCAGUCACGGGUGAUGAUGCACAGCGCAGCGUGUCACAGUGGCAGGACAUAUGCGAGCGCUUAUUGGGCUUCAGACCACCAGAGACUGCCAUUGAGGGCUCCAGACUUAGGAUGAGUGUGUUGGGUGCUCGUUUUGCUGCUCCCAUACCUCAGGAUGCUGAUGACGUAACUGUGGAUCGUUACGCCCGGGCAUACAUUUUGCUGUUGAUUGGGGGAUGCCUGUUUGCUGACAAGUCUCAAAAUAAGGUGCAACUUAUGUUCUUACAGCAUCUGGAGGACCUAGAUGAUACAGGGAAGCUUAGUUGGGGCAGUGCAGCAUUAGCUUGCCUAUACCGUGAGAUGUGUCGGGCCACUGCACCAGAUUCGUCAGACAUUGGAGGACCGCUUAUUCUGUUACAGUUAUGGGCGUGGGAGCGACUCACUCAUAUCCGUCCAGAUAGAGUAGUCCCACAACAACAGAUAACAUCACCAGCAGUACCUCAUGAUACACCGGAUGAGGUAGAUGUUACUGCUUCAGCACCAUUUGUAGAUGCCCAUGUGCAUGGCAUGGCAAACGAAAAUGAUCCAUUACCUGUUGGUCCAUUGGGUUGCAGGUGGCAUGUAUCUAUGUCUGAUGUUCGCACGCCGAGGCACGUGCUUAGGUAUUAUAGAGACCAACUUGAUCAAAUGCGCAAUGAUCAGAUGAUAUGGCAGCCAUACAAUAAAGAAGUCCUAGCAUUGUUACCACUAUACUGUCUGAGUGGUCAAGACAUGUGGAUGACACGAUCACCACUUAUCUGUUUUGCUGUUGUUGAGUGGCAUUUCCCAGAUCGAGUUAUGCGACAGUUUGGCCUUAAGCAAGGUAUACCAGAGGCAUGUGACACUGGUAAGGAGCUUCAUGCUACGGACAGACGUGGGCGGUCCGGUUGUGAUUGGAGAGCUGCUCAUCGAUCCUUCGUUGAUAAAUGGGAGCAACGUAGGGAGCAUAUUGUUACGGGAGAGGCAUUACAUCAUCCAAUCGAUUUGCAUGACCCCUACAUGGUGUGGUACAACAGUAUUACACGUCGACUUAUUGGCCCUCCGAUUGAUAGGCCAGGCGUUGGAUUCCAACCGAUGGCUAGCAUCAUCGAAUUGCUGGAGCGUACGAUCACACACAUGUGCAACAGUGCACAAGAUGCACUUGAGGGUGGUACGGAUGUGACACAUUAUGUGCAGGCACUUCAGAAUGUACGAGCACUUGGCUCUACUUGCUUGGAGGCUAUUGGAGAGCAGCACCGUCUAGAUCAUCGAUGUGUACCCAUUCCACAUGCAUUGACCCCUAUGCCAAAGGGUCAAAAACUACCACGACUGAGACGUCGGCGUCCACGCAGAUCAGCAGACGUAGCCACAUGUUACCCCAGAUGUUGAAGCGGCCACAGCCGAUUUAGCGCAUCGCCUAUCCAUGACUGACAUGCCACGACAACACAAUGAUAGCUUCUUUUUCAGACUGUACUGCAUAGUACUACGCCCUGAUUUGCCCAUCUUCGACGCAGGCCUAUUGACAUUUUCUUUACAUGAUAGUUCUCCAGAAAUGGUUGCAGUAGCUGAGAUCGCGGUCAGAGACAGGGUGCAGAUACUGUGUUUGGUCCGAGUACAGUUCCACAUCGUCCAUGCAGUGGCCUUUCCACGCCCCAGUCAUGGAGGUCGGAGACAGUGUGACAACUCACAAGUCAUUUAGGGGACUAUCAGAGCUAACUAGGACCGAUGCUCCAGUCUCAAUGCCCUAAAUGACGGGAAGAAACCAGCUUGUGGUACAUAGGUUUAUUUCCCAUUUUACUUUGUAAUAUAACUAUAGUAGACAUGUCUGCACAUAUGCAAAUUACAGUUUGGGGCAUUCUUUUGAACUUGUUUUAGUUUCUAUUGUUACUGUUAUUUGUUUGCAUGUUUAUUGGCAUGUAAAUUCUGACUUACAGGGAAUUGGUCAAGUGUUUUAGUUGUGAUCGAUUUUAGGUUGAGGACAAACAGGGUCAGCGGGUUGUGGACAUAAUAACUAAAGGCGUGUUUUCUAAAAUCGCCUUUCAUUAAAGCUGUGUUUCAGAA